AUGUUAGUACGCAUAUCCACACAAGAGCUCGAAUCAUUCUUCGCCAUUGUUGUGCUUGAUUUGAUCCUGGAAAUGACUCUCACUCUCUUCAAUUCAAUCUUCCACCGGCUCACCUCCCGGUGGCCUUCUCCGCCGCCACUGCUCUACGCUGCCGCAUGGACGGCGGUUCUGACGGUGAUUGUGGCGGUGGCGUCGUUCUGGUCGGAGGCGGCGUUCGUAUCGGCGAUCUCUCGGAAGUCUGUAUUCUCUCGGGCAUGUGAGUGGGAGGGGUUGGUUAGGGUUCCGAUGGCUCCUCUGGUUUUUGCUGCGGUCGUCGUCGGCUCCUCGGCAUUGGUUGUCCGAGCCUUGGGGUUGUGGGAGGUUGAUGACGAUGAUGAGACACAUUGA